AUGACUCAAGAUGCUACAAUUUCAGAUGAGACUGAGCCUUCGAAGUCAGAUGUGGAUGAUGAAGUUGCUGAAGUAUUAAAUGACCUGAUUGAUCACGUUUCGUUAUGGGGUGAUCCUUCAACAAUGGACGUCGAAUUCUUCUCACUAGACUAUAGAAAAGCACCUUCGAUGGCCUCGGCUUCAUCAGCUAGUGGAAGCGAAUUUGGCGAUCUAAGUGAUAGCGAACUGCCAUUUGUAGAAAGCGAUGAAGAUUCAGAGAAGGAAUUCGAAAAAUUGCAGCUCUUAUCCUGCGAAAUGCGUCAGAAAACGUUUCUACGCGAACACCCUGAUGGUGUGCCUCAGCAGAAGAGGAUCAAAGAAGAGAUAAGAAUAAACAAAAAGGAUUUAGAGCACGACUACGACAAUCUACCCGCAUUGGAAAAUCUCACUAUACAUUGUGCAGAAUCUAUACCACUAGAACCAGUAGGACAUGUAACAGCAGUCGUUGAUUGCUUAGUUGUCAUCAAGUCCGACAGUGGCGUUGCGUUGGAUUUUGAUUCCGUGUUGUUCGAUAAGGAUAGAAAUUCGAUAGGAGUAGUUUACGAUCUGUUCGGUCCUGUAAGGAGUCCGUUCUACUCUGUCAGAUUUAACACCAAAGAGGAGGCUGCUGCAAAAAUGUGUGUAGGAAUGCAAGUAUACUAUGCCCCCACAGCAGAGCAGUAUACUCGAACUGUAAUAGAUAAUCCUGAAGCAGGUAAAAUACUUUCUGAUGAUGUUUCGUCAGAGGACGAGCCUGUAUUCAGUGACGAUGAAAAGGAAAAAGAGUAUCUGAAGCAAAAAGCGGCUGCAACAAAUCGUCCAGAAAAUCCGUCCCAGAGGCGAGCUCAAAAACGACGUGUUCAAUUUUCUGAAUCUACAGCUGAGCGAGGAAGAGGAAGCGAUAGAGGACAUCGUGGGCGAGGUUCUGGAGGCUCAUGGAAUUGGCAUAGCGAAAAACGAGGCUGUUUAGGCGGCAGAGGCCGAGGCCCUCUUCGAGGACUAGGGCGUGGGAAAAGCAGGAUGACCAGCCAAACUUCGGAAGCAAACUCGGGUAACCCUUAUGCAGAAUACGGAUGCUACGGCCCGUUAGAAUUUGUUGACACUAGGCAACUUUGA